AUGGACUGCCUUGAUUGGCUACUGGCGAACAGAAUAAAAAAUCUGCUUCAGCCGCCAGAAACCGCAGACGACACCGACACCCCACAGUCGCGUCCUGAUGGCACUUCCAGUGCCACUAAUGCUAAGAAUGGUAACGCGCUUCCGUCGGGGUCGACUUCCGCAUCGUCUUUGGACGCACUGGUCAAGGCUGUUGUAGAAUCCAAGUUUGACGAUGGUGCCGUACCAGACAUAGAUCUCAUGCAUGCCGCGGUCAAGGGGCUAAAGGAAAAGGCGACGCGUCUCAACGCUCAACUGCAGUCGGUCCAGGACGCGAAGGGUGAUCUAUGGGAUGUAUACACCAUUUCCAAGAGACUCAGGACGGCGAUGAAAUCUUCCAAGUCAUGGCCACUUGGCGUACCGAUGAAUGAAGACCUGAUGAAAUCUAUCAGGAGGAAGGCUCGAUUCGCGGCAAAGUACAACCGCCUCCCCGAGUUGGACGCGAUGGGAGACGACGAGAUGUUUAUGAGCUAUAGUAGCGAUCCCACUGCGAGCUCGAAUGAUUCUGUUUCCGAUGAAAGUAAAGACUCAGAUGACAGUGAUAGCGACGACGAUUCUGGAGAUGGAAAGCAGCAAGAAAGCGCCGCUAAGCCUCAGAAAGGACAUAAGCAGCCUGUAUCAGGUGCUGCCAAAGAAAUCUCUGCUGUGAUCGAAGCAGAAUCUACUCCGCGAGUCCCAGUCAUUCCUCAGAGAAAUCGUUCCUCUGUAUCCCAGUCAAUGAAUGCGUCACCAUCCGUUCUAGAGCGCCUUCGUCAACUCAAAUGGCUUGCGGUUAGGCCGCCGAGUCCUCCCCCCUCUGAAAUUGGGCAGCCGAGUCCACCUCCAUCUGAAAUACAGAGCGGCACGAAGCGAACCCACGAAGACGAAGAAAGUGCUCCUGGUGAAUCGGCUCAACUUAGGACACCGUCUCCCCCCAAAAAGCGAAGACUCGACCGCGACAGCCCUAUAUACAGUUCGUCAUCAUCAUCAUCAUCCGACUCAUCUUCGCCAUCAGAGGGACCAUCCAAGCGAAAGAGGAGACGCGCUGAUGAGGACAGCGCCUCCAAUCGCUCUGGCUCGGAUGAACCCUUCCCAGAGACUCCUUCCCCUAACAAGCGACGAAGACUUGGUAAAACUUCCAAAAAGGAUAUCUCGAGGACAGAGAGCAACGACUUGCCGGGCAUCGUCUGGAAAGAUUAUCCUGACCUGGAAAGCGACGACAGCGACAGCAGCUUCCACGACGACUCCUCAUCUGAUGGCUCUUCAGGUCCAGAGGAUGAUAUGCUGAACAGCGAUGAAGAAGUUGAGAUACAACUGGAUGCAGCUGGCGUCUUAAACUCCUCAGAGGAUAAUUUACUGCCCAACUAUGACAACUUCUCGGAUGGCGAUGAUAGUAUCUCCGAUGAAGAGGACGAGGAGUGUGAUAGCGACGACUCCGGAAUUUCAUGGAUUUCGAAUAACAACGAGGAGAAGAAAAAGGCUCCUGAGGCAUCCGAAGUCGAGAAUGAGCCACCUCCUCCCCAAUCCCCACCGCCUAGAAAGCCACGUCCACUUGCCCGGCAAUUCGAUUUUCUGAUGCCUGACCAAACAGGACGUCCCACCCACUAUAUCGACAAGAGGAAGGAAUGGUUCCAUUCUAUGAAAAAGUACUUCCACGAUCAGGACUGGUACAUUACGGACGAGGAGCUCAACGCCCUCAUUAAAGAAGUGAUGGCAGACCAGUAUCGGUUCCACGAAUACGAAUUCGAAAGAGAAGAGGACAACUACCCGUAG